ACUCACAGUCCCCGCGCGCAGCUCGGAGCCGGAGAGAGCGCAGGAAGCAGGGAAGCGCUCGGAGCCUGGGCCAGCAAAGGGGGCGCCCGGUCGCUGUCUGCACCGCCCUGGCUGGUCGUCUCAGCCGCUCUCUGGGGCCCAGAGAGGAGCUAAAGCUAGUCUGGGAGUCUAGGAGCCGAGCCGGCGAGACACAACUGCUGAGGGCGCCAGCUCCACUUCGCCGCCUUUUGCUCCGGAGCCGGGGAUCUCUCGCUGACCGCCCCGCCGGUCGGAGAGCGGGGAGCACUGGUCCUUGCAGCCCCAGGGAUGGUCUAGGAGCCGGCGCGAGGCUAACUGCUCUGCUCCUGCUGGGGCUUGCCGCCUCCUGCCGAUCUCCGGAGGUUGCGCGCCUGGGCGGCCCAGGCCGGAGAAGUUAGUUGUGCGCGCCGCUUAGUGCGCAGAGCCAGCGAUCUUGCGAGCGAGCGAGCCAGUAAAGGGAGCCGCGAGGCGAAGGGACCAUGGGCUGGGGGGGCCGCUGCUGCUGCCCGGGACGGCUGGACCUGCUGUGCGUGCUGGCGCUGCUCGGGGGCUGCCUACUCCCCGUGUGCCGGACGCGCGUCUACACCAACCACUGGGCAGUCAAAAUCGCCGGCGGCUUUCCGGAGGCCAACCGCAUAGCCAGCAAAUACGGAUUCAUCAACAUAGGACAGAUUGGGGCCCUGAAGGACUACUACCACUUCUACCAUAGCAGGACGAUUAAAAGGUCAGUUCUCUCGAGCAGAGGAACCCACAGUUUCAUUUCAAUGGAACCAAAGGUGGAGUGGAUUCAACAACAAGUCGUGAAAAAACGAACAAAGAGGGACUAUGACCUCAGCCGUGCCCAGUCUACCUAUUUCAAUGAUCCCAAGUGGCCAAGCAUGUGGUAUAUGCACUGCAGUGACAACACACAUCCCUGCCAAUCAGAUAUGAAUAUUGAAGGAGCCUGGAAGAGAGGAUACACAGGAAAGAACAUUGUGGUGACCAUCCUGGACGAUGGCAUUGAGAGAACUCAUCCUGAUCUGAUGCAAAACUAUGAUGCUCUGGCAAGUUGUGAUGUGAAUGGGAAUGACUUGGACCCAAUGCCUCGUUACGACGCAAGCAAUGAGAACAAGCAUGGGACCCGCUGUGCUGGAGAAGUGGCAGCCGCUGCAAACAACUCUCACUGCACAGUUGGAAUUGCUUUCAACGCCAAGAUCGGAGGAGUACGAAUGCUGGAUGGAGAUGUCACAGACAUGGUAGAAGCGAAAUCAGUUAGCUUCAAUCCCCAGCAUGUGCACAUUUAUAGUGCCAGCUGGGGACCAGAUGAUGAUGGCAAGACUGUGGAUGGACCAGCUCCCCUCACCCGGCAAGCCUUUGAAAAUGGCGUCAGAAUGGGGCGGAGAGGCCUUGGCUCUGUGUUUGUCUGGGCAUCUGGCAAUGGUGGAAGGAGCAAAGACCACUGCUCCUGUGAUGGCUACACCAAUAGCAUCUAUACCAUCUCCAUCAGCAGCACAGCAGAGAGUGGAAAGAAACCUUGGUACCUGGAAGAGUGUUCAUCUACACUAGCCACAACCUAUAGCAGCGGAGAGUCCUAUGACAAGAAAAUAAUCACAACGGAUCUAAGGCAGCGAUGCACCGACAAUCACACUGGAACAUCGGCCUCAGCUCCCAUGGCUGCAGGCAUCAUUGCGCUGGCCCUGGAAGCCAAUCCGUUUCUGACCUGGAGAGACGUACAGCAUGUUAUUGUCAGGACUUCCCGUGCGGGACAUUUGAACGCUAAUGACUGGAAAACCAAUGCUGCUGGUUUUAAGGUGAGUCAUCUCUAUGGAUUCGGACUGAUGGAUGCGGAAGCCAUGGUGAUGGAGGCAGAGAAGUGGACCACUGUUCCCCAGCAACACAUGUGUGUGGAGAGCACAGACCGGCAAAUCAAGACAAUUCGCCCCAACAGUGCAGUGCGCUCCAUCUACAAAGCCUCGGGCUGCUCUGACAACCCCAACCACCACGUCAACUACCUGGAGCACGUAGUUGUGCGCAUCACUAUCACUCACCCCCGGAGGGGCGACCUGGCCAUCUACCUGACCUCGCCUUCAGGAACCAGAUCCCAGCUUCUUGCCAACAGGCUAUUUGAUCAUUCCAUGGAAGGAUUUAAAAACUGGGAGUUCAUGACCAUUCACUGCUGGGGAGAACGAGCUGCUGGUGACUGGAUCCUUGAAGUUUAUGAUACUCCUUCUCAGCUGAGAAACUUCAAGACUCCAGGUAAAUUGAAAGAAUGGUCUUUGGUCCUCUAUGGCACAUCCGUGCAGCCAUACUCCCCAACCAACGAGUUUCCUAAGGUGGAGCGUUUCCGCUAUAGCCGAGUUGAAGACCCUACAGAUGACUAUGGUGCAGAGGAUUAUGCAGGUCCCUGUGAUCCUGAGUGCAGUGAGGUUGGCUGUGAUGGGCCAGGACCAGACCACUGCAAUGACUGUUUGCACUACUACUACAAGCUGAAAAAUAAUACCAGGAUCUGUGUCUCCAGCUGUCCCCCUGGCCACUACUACGCAGACAAGAAGCGAUGCCGAAAAUGUGCGCCCAACUGUGAGUCUUGUUUCGGGAGCCAUGGUGAUCAGUGCCUCUCCUGUAAAUAUGGGUACUUCCUGAAUGAAGAAACCAACAGCUGUGUUAUUCACUGCCCUGAUGGGUCAUAUCAGGACACCAAGAAAAAUCUUUGCCGGAAAUGCAGUGAAAACUGCAAGACAUGUACUGAAUCCCAUAAUUGUACGGAAUGCAGGGAUGGGUUAAGCCUGCAGGGAUCCCGGUGUUCUGUCACCUGCGAGGAUGGACAGUACUUCAACGGCCAGGACUGCCAGCCCUGCCACCGCUUCUGUGCCACCUGUGCUGCGGCAGGAGCUGAUGGCUGCAUUAAUUGCACAGAGGGCUACUACAUGGAAGACGGUAGAUGCGUGCAGAGCUGUAGUAUCAGCUACUACUUAGAGCACUCUUCAGAGAAUGGAUACAAAUCCUGCAAAAAAUGUGAUACCAGUUGUUUGACAUGUAAUGGCCCAGGGUUCAAGAACUGUACCAGCUGCCCCAGUGGGUAUCUCUUAGACUUAGGGAUGUGUCAAAUGGGAGCUAUCUGCAAGGAUGGAGAAUAUAUCGAUGAACAUGGUGGCUGCCAAGUCUGCGAUGCUUCGUGUGCCAAGUGCCGGGGGCCAACCCAGGAGGACUGCACCAGUUGCCCCCUCACAAGGGUUUUUGAUGAUGGCCACUGCAUUUUGAGCUGUCCCUUGUGGAAAUUUGAGUUUAAGAGCCAAUGCCAUCCAUGCCACCACACCUGCCGAGCCUGCCAAGGAAGUGGACCUUCCAACUGCACCUCGUGUGGAGCAGACAAGCAUGGCCGAGAGCACUUCUUGCAUCAGGGUGAGUGUCGAGAGAGCUGUCCAGCUGGCCACUACUCUGCCAAGGGGCACAUCUGCCUGCCCUGCCCAGACAACUGUGAGCUUUGCCACAACCCACGUGUCUGCACAAGAUGCAUGAGCGGCUACUUCCUCGUGCCCACCAACCACUCCUGCCGGAAGCUGGAGUGUGGACAAGGUGAAGUUCAAGACUCAGACUAUGAAGAAUGCUUGCCUUGCGAGGAAGGAUGUCUGGGAUGCAGCUUGGAUGAUCCAGGAACCUGUACCUCAUGUGCUGCAGGGUAUUACAUGUUUGAGCACCAUUGUUAUAAAACCUGUCCUGAGAAGACCUACAGUGAAGAAUUGGAAUGCAAAGCAUGUGAUACUAACUGUGGCAACUGUGACCAGAAUGAGUGUUACUGGUGUGAAGAGGGCUUCUUUCUCUUGGGUGGUAGCUGUGUGAGGGAAUGUGGUCCUGGCUUUUAUGGAGACCAGGGAACAGGAGAAUGCGAGCCCUGCCACCCAUCCUGUGAAGCCUGCACCGGCGUUGGCGAUGACGAAUGUAGCAGGUGCGGGGAAGGACAGCAGCUGCGGCGCGGCACGUGCGUCUGGCCAGCCAACAACCAGGUGGAAGGCAAGUUCUGGAACGAAGCUGUGCCCACUGCAAAUCCAUCUUUGGUGAAGAGCCUGCUGCAAGAGCGACGAAGGUGGAAGGUUCAAAUCAAAAGAGACGUUUUGAGAAAAUAUGAGCCUUGUCACUCUUCUUGUAAAACCUGCAAUGGAUCUGCAACUCUGUGCACUUCAUGUCCAAAAGGUGCCUAUCUGUUGGAGCAUGCCUGUGUUUCCUCCUGUCCCGAAGGCACUUGGCCCUCAGUCAAGAGUGGCAGCUGUGAGAACUGUACAGAGGAUUGUGCCUCUUGCUCCGGAGCUGAUCUCUGCAAAAAGUGCCAGUCUCAGCCAGAACGCCCUCUCUUCCUCCACGAAGGCAGGUGUUACUCCAGCUGCCCAGAGGGCUUUUAUGCAGAAGACAGCAUAUGUGAACGCUGCAGCUCUCCUUGCCAAACAUGUGUGGGAAAUGCCACCCACUGUCAUUCUUGUGAAGGAGGCCUUGUCCUGGACCGGGGAGUGUGCCUGAAAGCCUGUCCUGAGAGGCACGUGGCUGUGGAAGGAGUGUGCAAGCACUGCCCAGCGAUGUGUCAGGAGUGCAUCCAUGAGAAAACAUGCAAAGAGUGCAUGCCUGGCUUCUUCCUGCACAAGGACAUGUGCCAACAGUCCUGCCCCCAGCACUUCUACCAGGACUUGCACCAGUGUAUCCCCUGCCAUGAAGAUUGUCUGGAGUGUAGUGGCCCCAAGGAGGAUGAUUGUGAGCUCUGUGCUGACAUUUUUACGGUCCUCUACAAUGGACUGUGUUUGAAUGAGUGUCCAUCAGGAACUUACUAUGAAGAAAAGACUAAGGAUUGCAGAGAUUGCCACGAGUCCUGCCACACCUGCUCGUCUUACAGCGUCUGCACAAGCUGCCAGGAAGGCCUGAGGUUGAACAGCCAUGGGGCCUGUGUGGCUCACAAGGAAUGUGCCCCCAUCGAGUACUGGGAUGAGACAAUGCACAGGUGCAAGCCCUGUCACAAUAAAUGCUUCCACUGUACAGGACCCGCAGAGGACCAGUGUCACACCUGCAGGGGGGACAACCUUCUUCUCAACACCACCUGUGUGCAAGACUGCCCAGAGGGCUACUACGCCAGGGACAGCCACCUGUGCGCGCCCUGCCACAUCUCUUGUAGGACCUGUGAUGGGAGUCACAGUACACAGUGCCGCUCCUGCCGACCGGGUUGGUUCCAGCUGGAAAAUGAGUGCUUGCUCCAAUGCAGAGAGGGAUAUUAUGCAGAAAUCUCCACUGGCCAGUGUAAGAGGUGCCACAAGAGCUGCAAGGCAUGCCGGGGUCCACAGCCCACAGACUGCCUGUCUUGCGAUACCUACUUUUUUCUGCUCGCCUCCAAGGGAGAGUGUUAUCGCACCUGCCCAGAGCAUUACUAUGCAGAAGAAAACACCUGGACCUGUGAGAGAUGUCAUCCGACUUGCAAAAAAUGCAAAGGAAAAGGAGGAUCAGAUUGCUUGUCCUGUGUGUGGAACUACCACCUCAUGGGUGGAAUCUGCAACUCUGACUGUCUUGUGGGAAAAUACAGAGUGGGAGAGGGAGAGAAAUUCAACUGUGAAAAAUGCCACGAGAGCUGUAUGGAAUGCAAGGGCCCCGGCACCAAGAACUGCACCAUGUGCCCCGCGUCCCUGCUGCUGCACAUGGACGACGGACGCUGUCUCCACUGUUGUAACACCUCCAGCCCCUCCAACACCCAGGAGUGCUGUGACUGCCAGGAAAGCAUGGACGAGUGCAUCCUUCGAAGAAGUGAGCCUGGGUCUGCCGCUGAGCGCUCCAAGACUGCUCUGUUGAUCACCUCCUCCGUCAUGUUACUGCUUCUGCUGGGGGCUGCCGUGUUUGUCUGGAGGAAGUCUCGGGGCCAAGUCCAGCCAGUACAAAAGGCCAGUUAUGAAAAGCUGGCUGACCCUGCCAGGUCAUACUCCUCCUAUAAGAGCAGCUAUGGCGAGGGCACCAGCUUUGAAGAGGACCAGAUGAUCGAGUAUAGGGACCAGGACUAUGAUGAGGAUGACAAUGAUGACAUCGUCUACAUGAGCCAAGAUGGCACGGUCUACCGAAAAUUUAAGUAUGGACUGCUGGAGGAUGAGGAGGAAGAUGAGCUGGAAUAUGAUGACGAGAGCUAUUCCUUCCAGUAG